AAAAGAGAAGGAACUGAAGAAAGCUUUAGAAACGCCAGAAGAAAAACGUGCAAGAAGAUUGGCAAAGAAGGUUGAUAAUAUUAUGAUAUAGUCAGUAUAGCGUAGCCAGCCCGACGAUUUAGUCCCGCUAUGCAAAUAUUUUCGUGUUCAUUGACUGUGAACAGGCUUUUGGCCAGAAGGGCGUCCAGGCGUCCUGGGACACUCAUAGAACAAAAAAUGGACGCCCAAAUUCUGGGGGAAAAGGGAAAUUAUUUUCAAUUAUUUCCCUAAGUAUAUUAAUAUAUCUGAAACGAAAUAGCUUCAAUUCUCAUUAUUAUUAUACAUUUGACAUUUUGAUCAAUUUGAUGGUGUACCUGGCUGAAUGAAAAUGUUGUAGUUAAGUAAAGAAGCAUAGCGGCACAAACUCACCAAGCCAAGUGUGUUUGAAAAAUUUCGAACGAGCUUGGAACAGCAGCAUAUGAAGAGGAAAACGUAACAUAUGAAAAGGAACGUUUUCGACCUCAUCACUAUGUAGAUGUACCAUAUAAUGUGUAACAUGAAGACCCCCCCCCCCCCCCCCUUUACUGUAGAUGUAUCGUUGUACCAAAAUUGGACGCCCUCUUUUAGGACCCUGGCUAAAAGCUUGACUGUGAAAACAAUCAAUUUCUAUAAAUAAAUUAAUGAUAAUAAUUUUGAAUUUGCAUAGCGGGACUAAAUUAUCGGGCUGGCUACGCCACUGGUAUAAUAAUUUAGAAAUUAUUGAUAAUGUUUAACAGCAAGCAAAAGAGAUCAAGAAACGAAAAGAAAUGGGAUGGGAUGAUGAGGAAUUGGUAAAUAGAAUUUAAUUUUAUUAUUUCAGUCUUAUAACGUUUUAAGUAUAUGGAUUAGAUCUCAGUAAGCAUCGUUUUCCGAUUACAUUUCUAGAACUACACAAACACAGAUAAUCCCUAUGGUGACACACAUUUACUGGAAACUUUUAUUUGGCACAAGGUUUGAAAAGUUAACUUCUAAGCCUGUUUAACAAUUUAAGUGGCAAUAUGUCAAGGCGUAAAAAAAAUACCUGUGGUUCCGGUUUCAUAUCAUGAAAAAAUUAGGGUCGGUAGGUCGGAAAUAAAAUUUUUUUUGGAAUAUUUUUUUCAUGGUUUUGGCGGGUUUUUGCUGGGCGAUUUGCAGUAGAGUCCCGACAUCAAUAUUAACUAGAGAUGCGUCGUUCCUAUGGACGGAUUUAGGCAAUUUGGUUCAAUAAUUAGUGUGACAACAGACGCCAUUUUGGCACGCUGUAUGAGCAGCCCGCAACCACCUGGAGAAAAUAGGGUCGAUAGGUCAAUCGCGUUGAAAAAAUAAUAGGGUCGGCAGAAAAAAAUAGGGUCGUUUUUUACGCCUAAUUCCACUGUGCCCUGCUUUAUUAUUUUACUCUGUCUAAUGCCAGAUGAUUUACUCACCAAGAGAAUUUUUAUUGAAUCACCACUGAAUUAUUCGAAUAAACGCCGCGGCGUUUAUUAAAUUUUUGGCGCUCAAGGUGCGGCGUUUAUUCGAGGGCGGCGUUUAUUGCAAAUUUUGUAAUGCAAAUAAUGUGUUGGCUUUUUUAUUAUAGAAACAUGAGAAAGAAGGAACGACUCAUUUGAGCGAAGCAGAGAAAGUCAGAAGAAAUCAAGUGAAACGUGAAGAAAUGAAGGUAAUGGAAGUACAAUGUCACUAAAUUCUUUGCAAAGUCUCUAAAUUUUCAUUUUGGCAAAAUUUUAGUCCUGAUGAAUUGUACCUUAUAUUUUUCAGAGGGAACUAGCAAGUGUCAAGAGAAGACGACAGGUUACAAUGAUAACAAAUGCUAUUUUUAAAGUUAAAACUUCUGCUAUCGUCUUUGCAAUUUUUAAUACUAUGUUGCACAUGUACACAUGCACCACUUUUAUAGUUUUAUUCCACAUUUUCAGGAACGAGAGCAAGAAAGAAUGGCCAGAGACGAGGAAAGGGUAUGUUGUUAGCUUUUGAAGAGGGGGAAAUACUAAUCCUAGUGUAAGCUCUCCCCACCAGACAAUCGUGACAUUCCUAAUGAGUACAAAUAUAAAACGUUUAGGAGAUGAUGCAGAGGGAAAAAGAAGGUGCAUAUUACCAAGAGUGGGAAAAACAAGAAGAUAUGGUAAGCUUGUGAUCGACAAAUUCUGGGAAAUUACCAGCCCAAGUAGUUUGAUAGUAUUUGUGUAGACCACGAGCAGUCCCCUCGGGAGAAAGGAAGGCCUGCCGACAACACAUCAAGAAACGAAAUGCGCGUUGCCCACACAACGCAAAAUUCCCAUUGGUCGAAAUCGAUGUGCCUGGCAAUCAAAUCUGAUAUGUAGUAAUUAUGCUAUAAAUAAUUUCCAGACUGAUUGUUGAUUUUAUAAAUAAACAUGGCAUUAACGGUUCCUAUUGGAUAGAUGUAAUUGGAUAUAAGUAAUGUUUAUGCAAAGGCGGAGCCAACUUGAUAAGAGCGAAAAGUGGGCGUACUUCGUUUCUUGAUUUGUUGUCGGCAGACCCUCUUUCUCCUUGUACGCCCGCGAAGCUAAACCUGUAGAAAGGAGGGACCGCUCACAGUCUAGUAUUUAUGCUGUCAUCCUACGUUUCUUCUCACUGUUAAAGGGAUACGGCAAUAUAUUUUUUUAUUAUUUCAUUUGGAAGAACUUUUAAUUAAUUAAAAUUAUAUGUAAAUCUCUUUGACCGAUUUUGCGUAACUUUAUUAUUUCUUGAGAUAUUUGAACAGAAAAAAUUACAAAUCAGCGAGCUUUCCGCCAUCUUGGAUUUUGGCGGAUAUGCAUGUGACAUCAUAAGCCGGGUCACGCAAGAGUUUUAUCCAUAGAGCAAUUGGUUAUUAUGAGCCCAAAAUCAUAUACUUCAGUAACUAUUUGAAAUAAAAAACUGCCUGACGACUUUUCAAACAAGACUUAAUGUUAUUUGGUCAUUUAGAUGUAGUUUUAUAUGGCUAACCCUGCUUAUGACGUCACUAAAAUAACCGAUAAUGAGAAAAUUAAUCCAAGAUGACGGACAGCAAAUUAUUUUAAGCCAAAAUAUUUCAAGAAAUAAUAAAGUUACGCAAAAUCGGUAAAGGAGAUCAACAUAUAAUUUUAAAAGUUCUUUAAAAUGAAAUAAUAAAAAAUAUAUUGCUGCAUCCCUUUAAGCGCAGUCGAAUUAUCAAACGAUUUCAGGGUGUUGGCUUCAGUAAAAAAUUCGGCAUUGUAUGCCGUUUUCACAGUUACGUUUAGCCAGCAAUUUCAAAAAUUUAGAACAGCAAAAAACGUAAGUUCAACAUAACACUUUAUUAUAUAGUAGUGAGUGAGAUACUGAAAAAUACACAGUGUGAUAGAUAUCGAUCACGUGACCUUUUCCAAUUUGCUUUUGAGCAUGAAAUUUCACAAUUUUUUGCUUGGGACUAUAUAAUAAACAGAACAUUACAUGGUGGCUUACGUUCGUUCGUAAAAUAUUGUUUUUCACACUCGAAGAUAAAAGUCAUAUAUAUCUUCGCCGCCGUAUAAUAUCCUCUAUAUACGGAAUUAUACCCAGCUGAUCAAAGAUAAAUGUCGACUACCUUCCAUGACGUCAGAAAACGGGCUAGACCCAGGCUCUUUGUGGUCACAAAAUACGAUUGCGCCGGGCCAUCGAAAGCUAAAUUUAAAACGCCAUAAAAGUCGAACGAUUUGCCUAAAUUUAAAACAUUUUUCACAGAUAUAUAUAUAUAUAUAUAUAUAUAUAUAUAUAUAUAUACACUGUUACUGAAGUGUUACUGCCACUGUUACUGAAGCUUGUCAAUCCUGCUCAUUCAAUCAGAUAGCUACCAAGUCCAUAACUGCACUUCUCCCUGUCUAUCUUUAAUAUCUUGAAACAGCAGUUUUGGAUACAUACAGUAGUCCUAGACACUCCUGAAUGUAUUGUAAUUUGGGAUUCAAUGCAAAAUCUGUGGAGAUAUAUUGGUCAAUGUAUUGUAGAUAUCCAGACUUCAAAUACAGUAGAAUAAUCUAUUUUCUGCAAAUAGUUUCAAUAAUUGUUUAUUUUUAUUAUUAACUGCUCAGCAACAAUGAAAACUAUUACCUAACAUCCUUGAAUACUUUGAUAAUCUUACAGUAUUUAAAAAUUCAAACUGCAUUUGUCAAAAUGUUGGAUAUAAAUGCAUCCAUAAAUAUUAGAGUGACUAGCUCCAGAGAGGGCCUUCAUAUACAGUAACUCAAAGUUGCCCUGGAAUUAAUCCUGAAUUAUUAAAAUAAUUUAACUGGAAUUUAUGUCAUGGUGGUGCUGCUGGAAGGUAUUUGACCUGGAACAUUGUUAUAUUGAUUGGUGUUAACUGGUAACAGGAAGUGAUAAGUUACAGGAAGUGAUAUCAUUGGCAAUGAAUAUAAUAGUUUGCUUGAAGUAUUCUUAUCUAUUUUGCAUAAGAAACACAACCCUGAUCAGCUUUUCAUGUCAUUUGCACCAUAUUUUACACAGAAAAAAUAUCUGUGCUUUUGCUUUCAAUUAUUCUAUCAGUAUGUUGUGUACAUGUAAGUAGUGUACACUUGUAUGUAAAAUUGUAAAUUAUAGCUACAACUUUGCUACUCUAUAAUCCUCACUCAAAUAGGAUCAAAUAAAUAAGGCCAGUCAAGUUUCGAUCUGAUAAAACUCCGCGUAAAAAUGUUUUCAAUUUAUUUUAAAACUCACAUGAUUAUGUUGUUCUCACUGUAUAAACCGAUUUUUUACGUUUUUUCCCCGAAAAUCCAGCAAAUUACGUUUCGAUUUUGAUGUGUGAACUUCGAAGAAAAGCUCCCUCUGAACGCAGGAAAUCGCAUUUCCGAGGUCCUAGAUUUCAAAAUUUCCCGGGGGAGGAUUCCCCCGGACCCCCCUACAAAUGCGAGGUUUAGUGCAUCAGUCAACAAAACCACUGGUCCGCGCCUGUACAGAGCCCAGUAGUGCUGUCACUACUAUGACUACUGCUUGAUACAUGUAUAUUAAAUUUGCCAUGAAGUGAUUUGAAUAUUUUUGUUUUUCAGUGUAUUGUGUGCAGUUUGACAUUUGUCACUGAUGUUCUUGAAUUCCAAAAGAUCUUCAACUACAUGUGAUAUGAAUAUAGAUAUAAUAUUAUAUUUGCAACCCCUGAAAUGUAUAUUUUCUCUGUAGCUGGUACAGUUCAACAUAGCACAAUUUGAUUGAGUAAAAGGCUGUCUGAGGGUGCCUCUGGUGCCACCUUAUUGAGGGUGAGUUAGAGGGUAAUCCCAAGCCACCCUGUCAACAUUCCCUUUGUAGAAAACUGGAGUUCCCGGAGAAAACCCACAACUUUUGUCAGAGUGUUGACUGCAUGACUCUUUUCACAUAAGUGUCAUUGAAGUGGUGAGAAUUGAACCAACAAUCUCAGAGGUAAAAAGUCCUUGCUCUGACAAUUGCACUACCAAAGUCGGUGGUGCAAUCAGCACGCCACCAUAGCCCCAGUACUAGCUGGUGCAGUGGAACUUAAUAGGCUAAGCUGUUAAUUUGUGCCUAUAUGUACCUAGCUUGUUGAGAAGUUCAGUUGUGGGUGAGUGCAUGGGUUUAUAAAUAAAAACCCACAAGAGUAUUAAAUUUGCAUAAAUAUUGCUAUAGCUCUAGAUUCCUUUGAAUGUAAAUACUAGUAGUUUAUGUCAUGUGAAUAUAGCCUUGCGCGAGACGGAUAACGUAUUAAUGUAUUAAACAAAUUAGAAACAAAAAGAAAAGCUAUUAUUAAGAUUUAAAGUGACCAAAAACUUGAAAAGUUUGAAGCUUCUGUUGAUACUCGAGUUGGUUUGGUAAAAUAUUCUCAGCGAAGCUCAAUAGGAUAUAUAUAACCUUUUAAUAUUUGGAAGGUUAGGAAAAAAACCCCGAGUUUAUAGGGUCACGAUUUCAGUUGACCGAUUAUAACAGUAAAAUAUUUUUAUCAAUAGAAUUUCUAUCCAUGCAUGUCAACCUCGUCCCCAGGGCCUUCGUGCUUCGGAGGCGCGGAGGCCUCCUCAGCACGAAGGCCCUAGGGACGAGGUUGCAUGCAUGUAUGACUAUGGAUCGCGCUAGCUGUUAAAUAUAUUAUAGAGUUUAUAAUGAAAAGAAAGGUUUUGUACUAACGAUUUGAAAUUAUCCAAAACCUGAAUUUCAAGCUUGAAAAGUUCAGAGCUCUAGUACCUGUAAGAGCCAAUUAUAGCUACUCGAAAUUACAUACAAAGCGGGUUCUAGAAUCGAAUGAAAUGAAAUUAUCACUAAUCAAUAACCUGCCAUAUAUAAAGAAAUAAUACAAAAUGUUUAUCUAAUGUAAGUUAUAGUAUAUGUAACUUAGGUUUAAAGGUGGUCGGAUGAACUACAUUCAAUUCCCAGCUUAGAAACUACUGCUAGAAAGACGAUGUUCUCUGGAAUUACUUCAAUAGAUAGACGGUAACGUCCAUUGGCAUUGCUGUUAACUAGUUUUGAACUCCGCUCGUGUUAUUGACAAAACCAUUUUAUUGAGUAUUCGUGUUAUUUACAAAACCAUUUAUUGAGUACUCGUGUUAUUUACAUGCAAAACCAUUUAUGGACAACAGCGGAACUAACCGUAGAUAACCGACUUUCGCCCUAUGCUCGCAAUGCAUUACAUCGAUACGUCAUCAAUCUGUCAUCAAAUUUGCUUUUCCCGACAUAUACCUACCUGCAUAUACCUACCAUGCAAAGACCAUUCAACGACACUUGACAAAAUACCGAAAUAUCUUCAAAAGGGAAUUAUAAUAUAGCAUUUGUAAAUUCUGAACGCUGAUUCGCUAAGAGCCGUGUUGAUAUAACUCAUUGUCAACACGGAAAGGUCGGGAAAUUUCUUUCUUUAUGUUUCUUUGCGCUAUAUUAUAAAACAAAUAUAAAACAUUUUUUCGUAUUGAUAUACAGUUAUAUCAACACUCGUGGAAAUUGGGAAAACUCGAAAUUGUGUGUAUAUCAACACGGAAAAUGUUUUAUAUUUGUUAAAUAUACAGCAAUUGUACCUUUUUAUCUCUUUUUAUCUAAUAAUUCGAAUGUUCGAUAGCGCCCUAAUGUCUACGAAGCCUUAAUGAUAUAUAGUAGUUUACUUAAGUUUAUUUAAAAGAAAAUGUAAAUGGCAACGAAAUUCAAGUCUGCAUUUAAAGUAUAGAAACAACUUGUGUAACUGUAUAAAAUAACCUAUAAUCUAUAUAUACAUGUUUUGGUUAGUGAAAAAACCAUGCACGAAUAUAUAACCUAUUUUACAUGCUUCAUGCAUCGUCCAUCGACUCUUUUCGUUCACGAGAUAUUUUAGUUUGUUUGCAGAUACAGUAUAUAUGUACUAAAUGAAUACAUGCAAACAAUAUGACAUUACAAGCGGGUAAAAUAUUUUGCCGUAAGAUCCAUGGCAUGGCAAUCACGUAAAAGCCAUGCAUAAAGCUAGUUUCAUGGCCAGAAACUACGGACAUGGCUUAUUAGCAAGAAUGGGUUGACUACAACAUUUUUGUAGUUCGCUAUAACUACAGCUACUUCAAAAAUAUGUAGUCAGCUACAACUACUGCUAUACUUUUGAACAAAGGUAGUUCGCUACUGACUGCAGCUAUUGCUUAAAAAAUGUAGCGAACUAUUUCGCUACUCUAUAUUUUUUAGUUUUACUGUAUUUGAAGCAUCUACUAACUCAGGCUGUAAUGUAUAACCUAUAACAAAUCGACUUACGAGUAUAGCAACAGUAAACACAAAGCAAUAUUUUUGUAAGCACUACGUAGACUGUUCGGGAGUGCAAAUAAUUGACUAUUGAGGAUUGAUUUUAAGCAAACCGUGUCUCAAUAUCAUGCUAUUCUAUCAAGUUGCUAACAAUUUUAAAAAGUAGCGAUUUGCUGUUUGAAAAGUAGUCAACUACUUGGCUACUUUUAGAUAAAAUGUAGUUCGCUAUAACUACAGCUACAGUUUUAAAAAAGUAGUCAAAAACUACUGGCUACUUGAAAAUUGUAGUUCGCUACAGUAGCGAACUACAACUACUUCGCUACUACCCACCCUUGCUUAUUAGUUAUUCAAAUUCUUUCGUAAUUUGCAUACCACGUUGAAAUAUGGCUUCAACUGUAUAAACAGUGAAUUUCAAUUGUAAAACGCAAAAUCUGAGAAUAAAGUAGGUCGCAACUUGCCUCAAUCGCUGGCUGCAAAAUAAAGUCUGUCGACGUAUUUAGUGUAAUGUUGGCCGCCAGAUUUCAGUUAAUGCCUAUUCUGCAUUUCAAUAUUUGUACAGUGGUUAGUUUUUUCGACAUUUGUCUAUUUAACUCUAAAUAUAGCCUGGUUUCCAUAUGAUCGUAUAAAAAUGGUCGUAAAGAUUGAGUCAGGAUCUUUCUCGACAGCUGAAAUACAACAGUUUAAAAGGAGUUAACACUGGUAAUAGGCAGAUUGAUUAUAACUAGAGAAUACUAUUAUUUAUAUGUGGUUUACAGGUAAAAACUAUUAUAAACUGGCCUUUGAGAAAGAUUGCGACUUUAUUUUUACGACAUUAUACGAGUUUAUGCAAGUUUAUUUAUUUAUUUAUAUUUAUUUAUUUAUUAACUUUACAAUCAUAAAAAUUAUAACAAUGAUUGAAGGUAUGGUGAACAGGACAUGAGUCCCAUGUGAAGACCAACCUGAUACAAAACAAUAAGUAGACAAACAUUAAAGACAAGUCUAGAACACUAUUUACAUAGCUAUAUAAAAAAAAUAAUAGUUUAGAUUAUGAGCAACAGCUUAAGUUGAAAGAACGGCAUUUAUAGAGCAGUAGGUUUUCCAAGUGCGCAUUCUGUUAUUAAACAUCGAAAGAAAUAUAAUUUACUGUUUGCUGCAGAAGCCAUAUUUCAACGGGUUAUAUGCAUCGAUUAUAUGCAAAAUGGUAUCAAGAAGUAGCUAGAAUAGUCAUGUCUGUGAUUUCUGGUCAUGGUUAAACACCUUAUUCUACAAGGUGUUUGCUGCAGAAGCCAUAUUUCAACGGGUUAUAUGCAUCGAUUAUAUGCAAAUUGGUAUAAAGAAGUAGCUAGAAUAGUCAUGUCUGUGAUUUCUGGUCAUGGUUAAACACCUUAUUCUACAAGGUGUUCUCUGCUUUUGUUCCUGCAUGCAUGCAUGUUAAGGCUAUAUCAUAUAUGAAAAGCGAAUAACUUUCUGUUUUCUCGGUCGCAAUCAUCCUAUCCUCUUAGCAGAGUCAACCAUGCAUAUGGCAGAAUACUACCUCAUAUCCGGAGUUGUCUAUAUUUGAUUCUAAUCACUUCAGACUGCUAAAAAGCUCUUAAGCCUACAAUUCUGGCAAAAAUUAUUUUGGACAGCGCGCGCGGAAAUGGAAAUAUCAUCCUUGGCCAAUAUAUAUAUAUAUAUAUAUAUAUAUAUAUAUAUAUAUAUAUAUAUAUAUAUAUAUAUAUAUAUAUAUAUAUAUAUAUAUAUAUAUAUAUAUACGUGCAAAACAGCAAUGUUUAACUUCCCCCCCCCCGGUUCAAUGUUGAAAGCUUAUACAUUGGUUAGGUGAAAGUUUUGCGAAAUACAUUUCAAGACUAACAGUAAUAAUUUGGUUUACACCUCAGUGUCCACGGAAUUUUUGCCAUGAUUGUGGUUUGCAUAUGCUCGUAAAAAAAGAGUCACGAUCUUUCUCAACGGUCAUAUUAUAAUAGUUUAUACCUGUAAACCACAUAUAAAUCAUAAGUAUAUUCUCUAGUUAUAAUCACUCCGCGUGGAUUUAUGGUUUGUCUUUUUCCUGCGUUCAUUGUGUGUAUAUAUCAACGAGAUUUGAGCUUGUCCGCUUGCAGUGAAGAAUUUUUUAGAGUCUAGUAAAGUCAGGCCUGUUUCAUUUGUCGCACUAACGUCGAAUUUAAUUCAGACGAAUUUAAUUGAACGAAUUAAAUGCGACCGUAGUGCAUCGUAUGAAACGAAUUAAAUUCGUCGUUUGAAACGAAACCAUUUUAAUGUCGACCAAUUGACGAAUUUAAUAACGAAUUAUAAAUUCGACGUAUGAUACAGGUCUAUAUAUAUAGGCGCACAGGGCUGAUGCUUUCCAGGUGGUUGGGGAGGGGCAGUUGAAAGUUUGCCCGAAUUUUUAUGGAGGAUUGUAAUGAUCAUGAAAUAACCCAAAUUUAACAUAUUUUCUGAUAACCGGCACGAAUUUUCUUUAUUUUUCCUGGCAUUUGCCCGAAUUUCCACAUAACUCAUUCUGCGGAUUUUUAAAAUUUCCCUUCGUUUAGAUAUAUGAAGUGCAGUCUACAUUGUCAAGUUUCGAUGCAUGGGCAUUGAGAACAAACCCUUGGCGAUGCUAAUGUGUUACAAAUCACAGAUCGUCAUCACUGCUGCAAAUACUAGUGAAGAUCUGCGUUCGUGCGUAAAUCCUGGUAAGGCAG